UAACAGUCAAUGUUUUUAUCUGUCUGAAUGUCAUAGCUGGGUCAUGAUGGUGCCACACCAGAGAGCUCCUGGCUAGUAGAAGAACUAACACUCAUUGUACCCACUAAAGGGGUCAUGUAUACCUUUGUCUGUAAAUGCUGGCUGGCCAGGGACCGCGGGGAUGGUCUCACUUCACGUGUCUUCAACAUCCUGGAUGCAGAUUGUGUUACCAUUGGCCACAAGAUUCUAUAUGAAGUUACAGUUGUGACUGGAGACAUCCAAAAUGCUGGAACGGAUACCAAUAUUUACAUGACUCUCUUUGGGUCCAGCGGGAACACGGAGGAGAUGCGGCUGGAAAAAAAUGGAGAGAGAUUUGAGAGAGGUCAGGAGGACACUUUUAUCAUGGAGAUUGCAGAUAUUGCACCACUCAGGAAGAUGAGGAUCCGGACUGAUGGAAAGGGGACACGCCCAGACUGGUUCCUGGAAAAGAUCAUCAUGAAGAACCUGUCGAAUCAAGAAGUGACCACGUUUACAUACAGCGAAUGGUUGUCCAAGCUCAGAAAUGCUAAGGGAGCUCUUGUGUGCGAGAUGCCUGCAGUGAUAAAUGAAGAGCAGAUGAUGGAGAAUACCACAUACACUGUUCAGGUUAAAACCAGUGAUAUUGGAGGAGCUGGGACCGACGCCAACGUGUCCUUGAUUAUGUUUGGGGAGAACGGAGACAGCGGGACUCUUGCUCUGAAGGAGUCGAACAAGUCUAACAAGUUUGAAAGGAACCAGAUGGAUGUUUUCAAUUUUCCCGACAUGCUGAGCCUGGGAGACCUGUGUAAGGUGCGCGUCUGGCACGACAACAAAGGAGUUGCACCUGGCUGGCACUUGGAAUACAUCGACGUGAAAGACGCCACCCUGGAUAAGACGUUCCGCUUCCAGUGUGAUCGCUGGCUGGCUAAAGGCGAAGAUGACGGUCAGCUCAUCAGAGAACUGGCUUGUGCCAAUAACGACAUCCUGGAAUUGAAGGAGCGCACAUCCUAUGAGAUUGUCACAGUGACGAGCGACACAGAGGAUGCGGAAACCAAGGAAAACAUCUGGAUCAUCUUAGAAGGAAAGAAGGGCCGCUCAAAAGAAUUCCUUCUGGAAAACUCCUCCAAAAAAAGGAAAUUCACAAGGGGAGCAACAGACAAAUUUCUGUUUUCUUCAAAGAAUGUUGGUGAUAUUGCAGCCAUCUGUGUUGGUCACUGUCCAAAAGAUGGAAGGAAGUCAACCACAAAAGCUGAUGCGUACUGGCAUGUUCGAGAGAUAAUCAUAACAGAGAUGGAACUUUGCAACAAAUAUUUUUUCAAGUGCAAUGCAAAAAUUCCACUGAGGAACAAGAGGGGUGACUACAAAGUCUUUGAGUGUGCCAAGGUCAUAGAGAGUUUUGCCAGCAAAGCCCGGAGCUUGGUGCCAGUCAAAUAUGAGGUCAUUGUGGUUACAGGGUCUGAAAAAGGAGCUGGGACCGACGCCAAUGUCUUUAUCACCGUCUUUGGAAUAAACGGAGAUUCGGGCAAGCGUGCUCUCAAGCAGAAGUUCCGGAACCUCUUUGAACGGGGCAAAACCAACAGGUUUUGCCUGGAAACCCUGGAGUUGGGGGAGUUGAAAAAAGUCCGGAUUGAACAUGACAACAGCGGCAUAGCAACCGGUUGGUUAGUGGAGAGGGUGGAGAUCACCAAUUCAGCUACAGGAGUGACCACGAUUUUCCCUUGUGGGAAGUGGCUGGACCAGAACAGAGGAGAUGGUUUGACCUGGAGGGAAUUAUUUCCAAGAUAUUAACAGGGAUGCAUCUGCAGCCUUUAAAAGGAGCUGCAAUGAGGAUAUUUAUAUUCCCUGCAGAGGGGUUUUUCUUACUCACGUCUUACACCAUUUUGUAUCACGUUUUACUUUUUAAAAUAUUAUAUUUUAUAUUGAAAGGAUUUUAGUAGGAAUAUAUACUCCCUGGAUUAACAUUUUAUAA